AUGGAUAAGAAGGGUCGUACUUUAGGUGAUGCAGAUGCUGCUGAAAAUACUUUAAAUUCAAUUCUACCAUCUUAUCAUAUGUAUACUUCGACAAUUGGCAUGAAUGUUAAUGUUCCUGAAGUUUCAGAAGAUACAUCAAGGCCACCACCAGAUUACAGUUGUUCUAGUUCAGUUUUAAGUGAUGAACAAUCUUCUCGUCGUCCACAAAUGUCAGCAACUACAUCAUAUCAAACUUCAAUCGAUGAUGAUCAAACUUUGUUAAAUGUUAAUUUCCCAUUCAUUUUAGCUGAUGAAAAUACAAAUAGUUGGCAAGAAACUAUACUUGAUAAUGUUCAUAAAUUACAUAAUUUAACUUUUCAAGAUCAUAAAGUAUCCAAGUCUAUCAAAAUUAACAUUUAUUUCACUCAAAAUGUUUGUAAAAUUGGUGAAAAACCAAUACUGAUUAAUCCUUCAUUAUAUGAAUAUAAGCAAGGUGAUUAUUUAAAUGGUUAUAUAACAAUAGAGAAUGUUUCUACAAAGCCAAUUCCAUUUGAAAUGUUCUAUUUAUUAUUUGAAGGUAAUUUCAUGGUAUCAAAUCAAAAAGAUAGAUCAGAUAAAAAGCCAGUAAAGAUUAGAAAGUUUUUGGAAAUGUUUGAUUUUUCAGGUUCUUGGAAUGAAGCUCAUAUAGAUAGAUUUUCAAAUGAAUAUAAUUCACCAUACUUAUGUCCAAAUACUCAAGAUCCAAUAGAUAAGACAUUCUUAGCAUUUAAUAAAAGGCUGAUUGAACCUAAUAAAGUAUAUAAACGAUUUUUCACAUUUAAAAUUCCUGAUAAUUUAUUAGAUUCAGAAUGUAAUGAACAUAAUUUAUCAAAACAUGUUGAAUUACCUCCAACUAUUGGUUUAUCAAGAUGGGAAACUGCUCAUUUUCCAGAAAGAGAACAAACAAAGAUUAAAGAUUUUGCUCCUGUUGAUGUAUCUAUAAGUUAUGGUGUGAUGGCGAGAUUUAUUGGUAGGAAAUCAACAUGGGAAGAUGAUUUCGGUAAAAUUGAAACAUCAACAGAUAAAACUAAGUUAAUUAACUCAAAGGGUGAUGAAUAUAUUAUUUUAAAGGAAUUGACUAACUACAUCAGAAUUAUAAAGAAGAGCCAUUCAACUAGUUUAAAUGAAAGAAAGAUGAAGUUGUUGGAAAAUAAAUUAAUGUUUGAUAAUUUAAUAUCUAGAGUCAAGGAAAAGAUUGAUUAUGGUAAAGAGUUGUUUAAAUUAAUAGAUUCAAAUCAAUAUGAUUCAACUAUAGAUAUAGCUGAGAAAUUGUCACAACAAGAUUUGGAAUCGGCUAAAUUCAAACAAGCUUAUAAAGCAUGUUGUAGAGAUGCAAAAUUGGCAGGUACUAAAGAAUUUUAUGAAUUCUUCAUUCCAUUAACUAAACGAUCAAUCACAGGUUCAAAAAAUGUUGGUACACUAUCAAUUAAAACCCCAAAAGAAGAUUAUUCAAUGACUUAUAUUCCACCAACAAGAUUUAGAAAUGAAUCAUUGUCAAAAGAUGCUUUGAGUUCAUGGAAUUUAACUAUCCCAAUUGAUUUAUCAGUUCAAUUUCCAAAUACAAAACUAGUCCAAGUACCAGUGAUAAAAUGUAUCACUGCUGAAUUUGUUGCACUAAGUCUCAAAUCCUCAAAUUUGCCAAUUCCAAUUGAAUUAAAUCAUGAUUUAAUAUUUAAUAAAAUUACAUCGAGUGAAAAGGAUUUAUAUGAUUUAGAUUCAUUUACAAAUAAUGUAACAAAGAAAUUUAGAGAGUUAUCAACUGAAUUAUAUUAUUUGUAUAAGAAAUUAGGAUGUGAAAAUUUCAAAAUUGAAAAAAAUUUAGUUGAUGAUUUGAAAUCAAUGUGUCAAAUUGAUGAAAAAUCUAUGAAUUUGGUAAUUAAAAGUUUAAAAGUUGAUAAUGAGAAAUUCAAUUCAAAACGGAUUCAAUGGGAUAUCAAAGAUUUGAAUGCUACAACUUCAUUCAAUUUAAAUUUGAAUUUGGCAAGUUUAACUCCAAAGGGUCAAUCCAAAGCAAAUACAGACUGUUUUGACUAUUUCAAUUUGGUUCCCGAUUUCCAAUCAUGUUUUAUGACAAGGUUAUAUCAUGUUAAAUUAAUGAUACAUUUUUCAAAUGGUGAUUUUGCAAGAAUCAAGAUCCCAGUUAAGAUAGAGAAAGUUUAA